AUGUCCUCUGCCUUUCCCACAGCCCCAGCGGGGGUGUCAUCCUUUUGCCAGCGAGCUUGGGAGCAGGUGCUUUCCAAGGUGAAGCGGGCGGUCGUUUUCAUGGACGCCGCUUGUGCCGAGAGCCUCCACUGGACGUGCGGGGGAGCCGGGAGGCUGCUGCAAGCCGGGGCUCUCAACGUCAAAGAGUUCUCCAGCUUCGAGUCUGGUGCCGCCGAGCAGCCCAAGGCCGUGUUUGUGGUCGGCACCCUGCUGAAAGGGAGGACCGUGGACAUCAUUCGCGACAUUGUGAGUCUCAGCAACUUCCAGUACAGUGUGGUUUUCACAGCCGUCAGCCACGCAGUGCACCUGCAGGCUCACAAUGCCUCUGGCGGUGCCGAGGCGGAAGGGGGCAGCCGAGUGGUUUUUGACCAGUUUGAAGAAAAGCUUUGCCAAUGGAUGGGUAACAUGAACUACACUGCAGAAGUACAGCAUGCUGCCUUGUUUCUGGCACCCAUCUCACCCCACCUCUUCGUGCUACCUGCCUUUUCUUGUCUUUUUCCCCUGAUGGCUCAGGAUUUGUCUCAGAUCAAUAAUGGCAGACCGGAGAAGAAAAAAAUUGCUAACUUGAAUGAUGUUGAAUUUUCCUCUCUGUCCUCAGAGCUGCAGCUUGAGAUCAGGACACUGGUGUCUGGUUUGAACGCUUUAUUUGAGUACCUAGGUGUGCGGGAGGAAUGUUUUGCUGUUGGGCCAAUGAGCAAGAUCAUUGCAGGGGAUCUAGCAAAUUACUCCCAAGGCAAGACCAGAAGGAAAACUGCUCAGAGUAGAGCCUCUAUUAUUUUUGUGGAUAGGACAUUAGACUUGACAGGAACAGUUGGUCAUCAUGGUGACAACUUAGCAGAGAAAAUUCUCUCUGUGCUUCCCAAACUUCCAGGUCAUGCAAAUGAUGUGAUGGUCAGCAUGGUGGAACUCACAGCCUUGCAGACUGACGAUGCAAGUUGCCACAUCAUAGCACCAGGCUGCUUGGCGCAACCAGCUGAUUCAGCUGCUAAAGCGCUGUGGGAGUCCUUGAUGAAUCUCAAGCAAAAAGAAGCUGUGAUGGAAGUAAGGAGACACCUAGUGGAAGCGGUGAGCAGAGAGAAUUUGCCGAUCAAGAUGAGCAUGGGAAGAGUCACCCCUGAACAGCUCACCUCAUUUAUCCAGCUCUUCAAAAAGAAAUUUGAAGCUCUGGAGAACCACUGUGGGCUUUUGCAGAUUGCACUAGCCACGGUGCAGACACUAAAGAACCCUCGAAAUGCCAAAUGGGACAACUUCUUAGCCUUUGAAAGGCUCCUUAUGCAGAAUCUUGGGGAAUCAGCACUGCCUGGUGUCCUGAACCAAUUACUGCCGAUAAUCAAGUCACAUAACAACAGGACAGAUGAUGAUUAUACCCCUGAAGACCUCUUUAUCUUGCUGGUGUAUAUUUAUUCCAUCACUGUAGAAGUUAAUACUGGGAAAGAGUUAGAUGAGGCUGAAAGAAAAGUGAAAGAGUCACUUGUCCAUUCGAUUUGUGAUGAACCUGAGCUAUCUACCUUCCUGCAGAAAAUAACAGGCUGCGAGUCUUCGCUGGAUCUGACAUGUCAGAAGGUCAUGGUUGCAGUCAAUAAGAUCUUUAAAACCCUAAGAGACAUUACAAGAGCUCGAGCACAGAUGAAACAGUUUAAUUCUGUAUAUAUCCCAGGAAGCAAUACCCUACAGGCUUCUUACAAACCAUUGCUGAAACAAGUGAUGGAGGAGAUAUGCAAUCCUGAUCGACCUGAUCCUGUUGAUAUUGAACAUAUGGCUUCUGGGCUCACCGACCUUCUGAAAACUGGAUUCAGCAUGUUUAUGAAGGUGAGUCGUCCUCACCCUGGUGAUCAUCCUUUGCUGAUCAUCUUCAUGGUCGGUGGAGUGACGGUGUCUGAAGUGAAAAUGGUAAAGGAUGUUCUAUCAGCCCACAAGCCUGGAGCACAGGUAAUCGUGCUGUCCUCAACCCUUCUGACUCCACUUGGCAUUCUUGAGUUGAUCUUUACAACAGACCAUCUUCAGCCGGACAUUGGCAUCUGAAGAGCAGAG